AUGGCAAACAACAGGGCGUCGACGUAUACACAAGCUACGAUAUCAACGGAUGAUGAGGAGAAAAAGGAUAUGUGGUCGUCCAUGUUGGAUGGAGUCGCAAGUGGAAAAAGAUUACCGGAGAAGAAUAUCCUUGUGCUAGGAGGAACCGCGGAUUCACAGAAAGAGUUUCUAGAGGCUCUGUCGGUGGAUGAGACCAGGAAAUCUCAGGAUAGACAAAGUAGCAAACAACCUCCUAUUGCAAACAACUUUGCUUUGGGAUACACAUAUUAUGAUGUUUUGGAUGCGGAUCAUGAAGAUAUUUUGGCUCGAUUGUCCUUAUACCUCCUCGCCGACCCUUCGCCCUCCUUCACACCUCUGAUGCAACCACUUCUCACACCACAAACAAUCCCAAAUACUCUUAUUGUCAUAUUACUAGACUGGUCGCAACCAUGGUUCUGGCUGAGAGAAUUACGGGACUGGAUACGUCUUCUGCGGCCAUUAUUGAUAUCUCUGGAUGAGGAUUGUAAGGAGAAAAUGGAAGAGGUAAUGAUUAGUUGGAGGGAUAGAGGGCGUGGUGGAAGCACUUUAGAUGGUGGAGGGAGCACUGCUACUGAGGGAGAUGUUAGCUUACCGUUGGGUCCUGGAGAAUGGGAAGAGGCUUUGGGUUUACCACUAUGCGUGGUUUGUCAAAAUUCUGACAAAAUUGAAACGCUGGAGAAAGAACGGUCCUGGAGAGAAGAUGAGUUUGAUUACGUCCUACAGUAUUUGCGCACAAUCCUCCUCAAGCAUGGGGCAUCUCUCAUAUACACAACACCAGGGGUUAUUAGUCCUCUGCAAAGCUUAAUACACUCCUCUCUCGGCAUACAUUCUCUCCUCAAAAGGCAGCCUAUCAGACACAAUCUUAUUGAUCGCGACAAGGUAGUUGUGCCGCCAAAUUGGGACUCUUGGGGUAAAAUCCGAGUCCUGCGCGAAGGAUUCAAUGUAGAGGAAGUAAACAAAGGCUGGUCACUUGACAUCGAAGAAGAUUCAUCUAGCGAUGAUAGUAGUACACACUCACAGCCACCGUUGCCAGUACCUGAAAGUGCAGUAUUAGCAUACGAAGAAGUCAUUCGAGACCCCAGUCUCGAUGCCCUGCAAGCCACGUCUGCAGAAUCACAAGGUCUUAAGUUGGAAGUAUCUAGUCUUGAUGCUCAGAGUUUCCUGGCUUCUCAAGUCGAAAUUCUGCAUACAAUUAGUCAGGGGCCAGAUGUCUCGAGUGUAGAUAGUAGUCGCUUAGUUAAUGGUCGCAAGGUGUCCAGUGAAUAUGGGAAUGGCGAGGAUAAAGCAUCGGAUGAAGGAAGAGUUAGUGAGCAUAUCGGCCCGGUACAGUUUAAUAUGGGCGGUAUUCAGGUCGAUGCCGAUGACAUGUUGCAAAGAUUAAGGGACCGACAAGCAUAUUCUUCACCAGAGUCGGCAGCACCAGGCACUCGUACUGAUCCAUCUGCGGAAGGCAAAGUUCAAAACGAAGCAUUAGCAUCUUUCUUUGCCGGGUUAAUGAAGCGAGGCGGGAGCGCGCAGGGUGGUCCUAAACCAGGAGCUUCGUCUUGA